AUGGCUGCUAGUCAGACUUCCAGUAUAUAUUCUGAUACCUUCGAACUCGAUGACUUACUUUGUAGAAUUUCCAAGCAGGCUGAUGAUCAGAAUGAGACUACAAUUCGGGCACUAUACCAGGAAAGAGAUUUCUUACAGAAGAACAUCAAUGUUUUACAACAAUCUUGUAGGGCGGCUUACAAGAUUAUAAACUAUUUGCGCCAGCUUGUAGCGCAGUUGGAGCAGUUGCUGGAUGAUGCUAGCUCCUUAAUGGCUAAGGAGAAGAACGACUAUUUAGCCAACUGUACAGCAUUUUAG